AUGUGCGUGCGUGAGAGUGUGCACGAGCACGCGAUUGGCUCCACCUUCAUCCCUCUGAUGGAACUGGAAUCAUCUCCUGUGAUCAUAGAUGUUGGCAGUGCUUGGUGCAAAGCUGGCUACUCUGGGAAUAACCACCCUUCUGUUGCGAUCCCCACAGUUGUUGGAUAUCAGUCCCAUGAUGAGGACCUGGGAGAAGGUCCUUCCAACAUAAGGAAAGUUGUAGGCUUGGAAAACAAGCAUGUGCUCAGGGAACUCCCUAUUACAGACUUUCCUGUUCACCGAGGCAAAGUCCUAAACUGGGAGGCCAUGGAGGCGAUUUGGAAUUACGCUUUUGAUGUUCUUCGGGUCAAUACCAAGAAUCACCCAGUGCUUGUCACAGAAUUGCCAUGGAAAGAUAGGAAUAACCGGCAGAAGAUUCUGGAGGUCAUGAUGGAGACCUUCAAUGUUCCAUCUCUGUGCUUUGGCAAUGAAGCAGAACUUGCUAUGUUUGGCUCCGGUCUCUUGAACGGUACGGUGGUAGACUGUGGGGCUGGCCUCACCCGCAUCGCACCUGUUUUUGGAGGCAAAGUCAUGAUGGAGACCUUCAACGUUCCUUCUCUGCACAUUGGCAACCAGGCAGAACUUGCUUUAUUUGGCUCUGGCCUCUUGACUGGCAUGGUAUUAGAAUGUGGGGCAAGCCUCACCCAAAUCACACCCAUCCUCAGAGGCCAACGGAUCUCUAAGCGUACAGCAGUCUUUCCAGGUCACACCCACGGUAUCUGCUUCUACAGACACCCUCCUCUUCCCAUUGGCUCCACCUUUAUCUUCCUGAUGGAAGAGGUUUCUAUGGUUAUUGACAUUGGCAGUGACUGUUGCAGAGCUGGCCCAGGAGGAAAAAACCAACCAAUAGUAGCAGUUCCUGAAGUCAUCGGCUACCAGCCCUACCCAGAGGACCCAGGACCAAGUAAUCCCCCAAAAAGGAAAAUUGUAGGUUUAAUUAACCUCCCCCUACUCAGGACUCUAGCUGUUGAGUUUCCUGUGCAACGAGGACAAAUCACAAACUGGAAUGCCAUGGAGACUAUUCUGAAAUAUAGCUAUGAUCUCCUUGGAUUCAAGACUGGGGACCAUCCUGUGCUGGUAACAGGAUUUCAAGCAAAUCCUGUGAUUCAGCGGAAGAAGUUGUUGGAGGUGAUGAUGGAAUCUUUUAACGUCCCAUCUCUGUAUAUUGGCAACCAGGCUGAGCUUUGUCUUUUUGGCUCUGGCUUUUUGACUGGUUUGAUCCUACACUCUGGGUCUGGUGUCACCUCCAUAACACCUGUUUGCAAUGGCAGAAUUAAAUAUUUAACCAACAAGAUGUUUGAGAUGGCUGGGCUAGAUAUCAGUUUAUUAAUAUACAAGACUCUGUUUAAUGCAAACAUGAACAUGUCCAGCCUAUCCCAGCGGUAUGAUAUGGACGCACUUAAGGAGAAGUUCUGUUACGUAAGCAGACAUCCUAAUCAGAAAGGACCUGCUGUUAAUUGGGUGUCCAGUGCCCCUGAAGUGACUGUCCUCCCUGAUGGGAGAGUCAUCACCCUGCCUAAGGAAUUGUUUACCUAUCCUGAUAUAUUCUUCACAACCACCCAACAUGAUUUGCCACAUUUAGAUCUAAGCACAGAAAUUAUUGAGACAAUCAAAACGUGUGAUUCAGAGGAGCAGGCAACGUUAUUCUCUCAUGUGGUCCUUUCUGGGGGCAAUACCCUCUUUUCUGGCUUCCCAGAGCGCCUUUUCUGUGAGCUGAAUACCACCAGACCCCACUGGUCCCCAGCUGAGGUGGUGUCCCGGCCAAAUCGGAUGUACCUCCCGUGGGUGGGAGGAUCCAUCUUGUCCUGCCUGUCAACCUUCAACUCUCAGUGCUUGACCAACAAGGAAUACCAAGAAGUAGGGCAAUAGUGACCUUUUAGGGAAGAGGU